AACUAUCCAAUUCAGUAUGUCCCGGAACAGGCAAACGCGUGGGCAUCUAUUGCUACGUGCGUUUUUUUUCUGGCGGACAGCGUGUAACUUGUUGAUGUUGAGUUGGCAGUACGGAUUCAGCGUAAACUACCGUUCCUGUCCUAUCAGACGCCUUUUACUAGAGCAGUUCACCCGCGGCGCGCGCUGGGGGAACGGGUGAGGCCGUUGUCAUGACACUGAGGAAAGUAAACGUGGUCAUUAUUUUGCUGCUGGCUGUGGCCUUCCUGAUUAUAGUUCAACGAAAUCUCCUCAACAUCAGUGACAUUUUACACAUGGAUAACCCAGACGCUGGGAAGAGUCUUCCCUUUGAAUCCGAGUUGUCUCCGGAGCUCAGGCCGGAGUCUGUGAGGAAGGGAGAGGAGAUCUCUGUCCUCAUCACUGCGGUCGAAGAAAGACUUGGAGCUGUGGUUGCUGCCAUGAACAGCGUCUAUCAGAACAGCAAAGCCAACGUUGUCUUCACCAUCGUGACCCUGAAUGACACGGUGGAGCACCUCAAUGUGUGGCUUAGUAAGACACGGCUAAAAAAUGUCAAAUAUAAAAUCGUUAUCUUCAAACCUGAGCUCCUCAAUGGGAAGAAGUCUAAAGAUUCUCAGAUGCUGCAAGAUGCCCGACCUCUGACUUUUGCCAGGUUUUACCUCCCUGUGUACCUACCCGAAGCAGAGAAAGCUAUUUAUUUGGAUGACGAUGUCAUUGUACAAGGGGACAUUCAGGAGCUUUAUGAAACUAACCUCAAACCAGGACACGCGGCAGCCUUUUCUGACGACUGUGAUUCCGCAUCUGUUAAGGGCAUCAUUCGAGGUGCCGGGAAUCAGAAUAACUAUUUAGGUUUCCUGGACUUCAAAAAGGAUGCAAUCAAGCAGCUGGGGAUGAGGGCCAACACGUGCUCCUUCAACCCCGGGGUCAUCAUCGCCAACCUGACCGAGUGGAGGAACCAGAACAUAACCCUGCAGCUGGAGCACUGGAUGGAACUUAACUCACGGGAGGAUCUAUACACCAAGACACUAGCAGAGAGUAUCAUCACGCCUCCACUCCUCAUUGUUUUCUACAAACGCCACUCCGCCAUUGACCCGAUGUGGCACGUCAGGCAUCUUGGCACGACGGGUGCUGGAAAGCGCUACUCCCCGCAGUUUGUGAAAGCUGCCAAACUCCUCCAUUGGAAUGGACAUUACAAACCCUGGGGGAGAACAUCCUCCUUUUCUAACGUGUGGGACAAGUGGUUCAUUGCAGAUCCAGUUGGGAAAUUUAACCCUGUGCGAAAAAACCCAGGGGACCACUAGACUGAAAAACCAGGUUUCAGGAACUUUGCUUUGCCCUUCGUCUCGACAGGACCACGCCUCGCGAAAUCUCAAGAUUUAAGUAAAG